UAACUACGAUGCUGCCUCCAGCGCUGCCUUUAGUGGAACAACAACCAUAACUGAGCGAGGAAGGCCUGGAGAGCGCAGCUUGGCAGCGGAAUUCCGGUGCUUUGACUGUGCCAGUUGCGCGUGCUGGCGUAGCGGCUACACAGGCCCGCUGUUCUAUGCCUGAGGAGUCUAACGCAAUCAUAGUAAAAUACAACAGCGACCACGGCUCACUCAGCGAGCUCAGCGAGCUUUUCGCCAUGAAGCGUACGGAGAGGCUUUGCCUUCGCCUCACGCACUCGUCAGAUGAACGGAUGUAAUACUACUUGCUCUUUGUAUCAUAUCCUAUGUUUCUAGCAUACUAUGAGUGAACUUUGGAACCUUUCACCAGUGGAGUCUGGGUUACUUGCGCAAAGAGUUGAUCAUACUCAACAGGCAGCCACUACCGCCCUUCAAGGUUCAGAAAGGCAGGACGGCAACAACGGCGAGAACAACAACCGGGACAAGGAAGUGAAUGGCGUGCCCGGGGUAUCAGCGGCGGGACUCCAGGCCGAGGCCUCUGAUCGUGGACAGUCGGCUCGCGAGGAGGAGGGUACUUCGGCAAACGGAGUAUACAGCGAGCUGGCGCUGGUGCUUGCUCCCUUAGCCAGCUUCUUCAGUGUUUUUGAAGCGGCCAAGCCAGUCAAGAAGGUGGAGCUCCUGGAGAAACUGCCGCCCGACGUGUUGCUGAAGUUGAAAGAGGUUACCACGGCGCUACAACAGGCGCCCGGGCUGGCACAGCAGCUUCAGCGACAUCGGCCAGGGCUUCAGCAGGCAGGCCGGGGGCCGGCAGUGACGGCGGGUGCGGACGGGGCCGCUGCAGCAGCAUAUUGCGGUGCCACCAGCGCGCCAGCAGGCGGCGAGGGUAUCGGCACUGUCGGCAGUGAUGCGGAUGUGGAGGAUGAUGAUGCGGGCGAAGGCGCGGAGGGUGAAGAGGCUGCUGGCGGGGCAGCCAAGAAGACGGGCAAGGUGCCGGGCAAGUCGCGUACAAAUAGGCAAAAAGCCGCGCGUGCAGCUAACUAUUAUGCUGAGAACGCUAUCAAGAAGUUCGAGUACAAGGUUCCCAAGAAGCAUAAAGAAGCGGGGAAGGGUCCUCUGGCGGUCAUAGCUGCAGCUGCAGACCCAGUUCGCGGCACCGCAUCCUAUGGCGUGGGCGUGCACCCUGCCAGCAUCCUGAUUGAGCUGCGGGCUACGACCCUCGCUGCCGCCGUUGCCAAGUAUACGCCUGGCAUGUCGGUGAUGGGCGUGGUAGAGAAGAUCAUGCUCUCGGCGCUCGCCAUCGUCAAUCCACUGGAGGGGACAGAGCUGGAUGCCGCCACCAUCCGCGAGCGCUUUGGCAGCCUGCAGCAACGCUGGAGCAGGGACUGGGUUCGCUACCUCGCCGGGGCAUUCGGGGGCCUGCUGAACAACGUGCAGCAGUGCCUUCCGCAGCUACUUCAGCGUGUCGUGCGCCCAAGAAGGCCUGCAACGGCAGCCACGCAGGUGGCGGCCGCGGCAGUGGCGGCGGCGCCGGUCGGGGCUCCGGAGCAGCAGCAGGCGGCCCACAUGGCGGCAGCGGUGGACAGCGGAGGCCCGGGUGCAGCCGCCACGGCUGUCCAAGCGGAGGUGGCGGGGGCGGCGGCGGCCGCUGGCUCUAGUCAAGUCCCUGGCGGCGGCGCCGGCGCGCCUGGCGCGCGCACGCUUGCCGUUUCCGCCGGGCGGCAGGUGGCGGCCGCGGCAGUGGCGGCGGCGCCGGUCGGGGCUCCGGAGCAGCAGCAGGCGGCCCACAUGGCGGCAGCGGUGGACAGCGGAGGCCCGGGUGCAGCCGCCACGGCUGUCCAAGCGGAGGUGGCGGGGGCGGCGGCGGCCGCUGGCUCUAGUCAAGUCCCUGGCGGCGGCGCCGGCGCGCCUGGCGCGCGCACGCUUGCCGUUUCCGCCGGGCGGCAGGUGGCGGCCGCGGCCGAGGAGCAGGAGGCGGUCGGGGCUCCGGAGCAGCAGCAGGCGGCCCACAUGGCGGCAGCGGUGGAUAGCGGAGGCCCGGGUGCAGCCGCCACGGCUGCCCAAGCGGAGGUGGCGGGGGCGGCGGCGGCCGCUGGCUCUAGUCAAGUCCCUGGCGGCGGCGCCGGCGCGCCUGGCGCGCGCACGCUUGCCGUUUCCGCCGGGCGGCAGGUGGCGACCGCGGCGACUUACACGGCCGGCGGGGGCGGACCUGACGGUCGUGGUGGCAGUGACGCCAGCCACCGUGAGCCCAUGGAUGGCAACGAGAUUUGGGAGUUGAACAAGCGGCUGGGGCAGUUAGCGGAGCGCUUGGCGGACCCUGCUGACCUUGAGCCGCAGCCCAAACGCAAGAAAAGCUUGACCCUGCAGGAGAAAUGUCACAAUGCAUGGGGCGUGAAGGGUUACGCCGGCCGGCUGGACGAGCUGUACGGUGGCGACGAUACGUUGGAUGACACGACACUGCCCGACUACAUACCAUUCACGCUGCUCGCGGAAUCAGGUGAGGGUGGCGACGAUGACGAUGACGCGCUGCUGGGGCAAGGUCUACGCGGCGGGCUGGCGGGCCUGGCUGGUGACAACGGCGGCAGUGCCGGCGCGCCACUGGGCCUUGGUGAUGGUGAUCGCAGCGGCGCACGGCCAGGCCCUAGCCCUGGCACCCCCAGCAGCAGCAGCGGCAGCGGCAGCCGCGACAGCAGAGGCAACCGUACCGUCAUGGACCUGGUCAGCGACGCGGAGGCUGAGGAGGUGGCGCCAGCAGCUGGUUUUGAGGCGGUGUACCAGGGCUUUGGCAGCAACGAUGGGUUCGUGGACUUCGAGGACGACGUCCAAGUGACAACACGGUGCGCCGUUGGUGGCAUCUUGCGGGCUACCUUGGAUGCCGCCGAUCCGGGCGCUCGGCAGGCCUUCUGCCGGGUGUUCGAGAAGGGAGGCUUGACCGAGGUCCUGGUCAAGUACGAGCCAAACUCCGCUACCCGACUGGCACUCAGCCGGUCCGUCCUGCAGAGGUUCAAGCGCGGAGCGAUGAUCAAUGAUGAAGUCGUAACCCUGUACAAGCACCUUCUACAGGACCGGGAUACCCGGGAGCAGAAGCGGCACAUAGCGACAGCAGCAGCAGCGGCUGCGGCUGCGGCAGGGGCGGCAGCUUCCGACGCGCAGGCGGCGUCAGCGGCUGCGGUGGCGGACGUGGUUGCGAAGGGAGCUCCACCAGCUGGCAGCAGCAGCACGCAGGGCUGCCACUUCUUUGGCCCGAAUUUCUACGACAAGCUGUUCAAGGACAACGUGAAGAAGGGCAAGCGCGGCGGUGGCACGGGCAGCAGUGACGGUGGCACGGGCAACGGUGACGGUGGCACGGGCAACGGUGACGGUGGUGCGGGCAAGGGCCACGGCCACUUUGUGUACAAGAACGUCAAAGAAUGGACUUCAGCCCCACGUCUCAAGGUGGCGGGACAGAUUUACUUCAGGCAAAGCGUCCUGGAGCGCCGCCACAUCUUCAUCCCUGUACAUCUGGACUUGCAUUGGGUCUGUGUGGAGGUGUACUUGGCGCCCGACGUGGCCUCAAGCGAGCUGCGGUGCUAUGACCCGCUCAUGCGCACGGAAACUGACCAGCGCGCCAAGGACGCACAGGAGGUGCUUCAGAACGUUGCGGUGUGGGUGGAGAGUGAGGCCAAGGCCAAGAUGGCCAAGGACCUGCGACUAGAGCCGCAGUGGCAAGCGACGCGCUGGCGGCGCGUGUUCAUCGCCUCCCCUAAGCAGCGAUCUGACUCGAACAACUGCGCCAUCUUCAUGCUGGCGUACAUGAACCGCCGCAGCGCCGGCCUGGAACCAAACCACAGUGAGGAGGACGCGGACAGGCUCCGCAUUGAGAUGGUGUACAGCCUGAUGCAGCGCUGCAUCUCGUAGAGAUGCCAUGGGGUCGCACGCGUAAAUGCUGUGGCAUGGCGUGCUGUGGCGUUGUGUGGUGCCAGAUUCGUGUCAAGGCUGCGUGCGUGUGUAAGUAUUCUGAAGCCCGCCCAGGGAGAGGCGCAGCAGGCGUCAAUCCAACUCAGCUGGGCCGCUGACAGCCUGACACGGCAAGCGUGGCGUGCUGUGGCGUUGUGUGGUGCGAGAUUCGUGUCAAGGCUGCGUGCGUGUGUAAGUAUUCUGAAGCCCGCCCAGGGAGAGGCGCAGCAGGCGUCAAGCCAACUCAGCUGGCCGCUGACAGCCUGACACGGCAAGCGUGGCGUGCUGUGGCGUUGUGUGGUGCGAGAUUCGUGUCAAGGCUGCGUGCGUGUGUAAGUAUUCUGAAGCCCGCCCAGGGAGAGGUGCAGCAGGCGUCAAGCCAACUCAGCUGGGCCGCUGACAGCCUGACACGGCAAGCGUGGCAUCCUGUGGCAUUGUGUGGUGCGAGAUUCGUGUCAAGGCUGCGUGCGUGUGUAAGUAUUCUGAAGCCCGCCCAGGGAGAGGCGCAGCAGGCGUCAAGCCAACUCAGCUGGGCCGCUGACAGCCUGACACGGCAAGCGUGGCGUCCUGUGGUGUUGUGUGGUGCGUGAUGGGACAGGGUUCAAGGCAGGUUGGCGAGGUCCCGUAGGGUGCAGCUGAUGCCCAGACCCGUAAGCAGACGGCAAACAGUUUGCAGUGGCAGAGCAGAAGUGCAUGGCUGGUCGAACGCCGGUGUUACUGUACCAACAAGUUGCUGGCUGGCUGGAAGUUUUUUGAUGCGCAUUCCUCACGCUCCGGGCGCCCUGCCAGGCGAUAGCACCACACAGACAGACCGCAACGCCGCACUCGCGAUGCAGAGCCGCAGCGCACCUGCAGGAAGAUGACCAGCGUCCACGGAUGAGCACCAGAGGCAACCGCAGAGAAAAUGCAGACAGAAUGCAGCAAAGCAGUGGCCGGGCGACAGCGUGACAAGUGUUGUGUGGUGCCAGAUUCGUGUCAAGGCUGCGUGCGUGUGUAAGUAUUCUGAAGCCCGCCCAGGGAGAGGCGCAGCAGGCGUCAAGCCAACUCAGCUGGGCCGCUGACAGCCUGACACGGCAAGCGUGGCAUCCUGUGGCAUUGUGUGGUGCGAGAUUCGUGUCAAGGCUGCAUGCGUGUGUAAGUAUUCUGAAGCCCGCCCAGGGAGAGGCGCAGCAGGCGUCAAGCCAACUCAGCUGGCCGCCGACAGCCUGACACGGCAAGCGUGGCGUCCUGUGGCGUUGUGUGGUGCGAGAUUCGUGUCAAGGCUGCGUGCGUGUGUAAGUAUUCUGAAACCCGCCCAGGGAAAGGCGCAGCAGGCGUCAAGCCAACUCAGCUGGCCGCUGACAGCCUGACACGGCAAGCGUGGCGUGCUGUGGCGUUGUGUGGUGCGAGAUUCGUGUCAAGGCUGCGUGCGUGUGUAAAUAUUCUGAAGCCCGCCCAGGGAGAGGCGCAGCAGGCGUCAAUCCAACUCAGCUGGGCCGCUGACAGCCUGACACGGCAAGCGUGGCGUGCUGUGGCGUUGUGUGGUGCGAGAUUCGUGUCAAGGCUGCGUGCGUGUGUAAGUAUUCUGAAGCCCGCCCAGGGAGAGGCGCAGCAG